AUGAAAUCGUUGGUUUUUGAAGUCCCAGCUGUUACUUCUUUUGUCGAUUCUUUCUCUUCACUUACAUCGGGGUGCAUAGCGUAUUUCCAUGAGAAGGCCGAGAUAGAGAAAGACUAUGGCAAUCGUCUUUUAACACUCUCUAAAGCACCUUUAAGAGGCGCUUCUGUAUGUGUUCAGCGACUUCUCCCAAAGGACAAUAUGUCCACUACACUAAAAAAUUUCAUCGAGAAAUACACAAAGCAGACAACACAACUUGCUGAGUGCCACAUUAACGCUUCAAAGUUCAUUGAGGAGAACAUUAUCAAAACAACAAAGGCGGCCGCGUUACAAUUAGAGCAGAGGAUGUCACUGAUUAAUAAAGAAAUGAACCAACGUGUGAGACAAUACAGUGACAUGGUCGCAACUAUCGUUCGCAUAAAAGAGAACAAAGAGUCUGCCACGAAGGAACUCACCAAAAUACGAAAACAACGUCCGACAAAAGGGAAGAAGGCGUACCACAAGUUUGAGUGUAAAGAGGGGACUCUUACUGACUCGAUCAAAAAGUCAAAUUGCGACCUCAAGAAUUGCGUUGCACUUGCGAACAAAAUCCGGUUGAAUGUAUAUGGCAAGGACAUGGAAGAUGCUUUAGAAAAGAGCGAGUCUGUAGCAAAGGAAUGGAAUUGUCUUAUUGUUGGGAUGUUUGAGCUGGGCAAUGAUCUUGAUAUUGAGCUUCUGAAGAAUAGUAGUAAGUACUGUCUUAAAGUCCAAGAGGGCGUUAAAGAGAUAUCGUGGGAUAAGGACUUAGAAGAGUUCAUACUCAAAUGGAAAAAUGUUCAUGUUGUCAAUGAAAUUGUAUUAAAAACGGAAGACGUGAACGAAACACCAACCGUUGUAACUGCACCAAAUAUGCUCAAUGGAUCUGACUCCGCCACGUCUUCUUCACAAGACAACCAGUCUUCCUAG